CUGGGAAUUCAUGAACAAUGAAUUCACUUCACUCAGACUAUUGGAAUACCUCUGCUGAACUUUUGAACAAAUCCUGGAAUAAAGAGUUUACUUAUAAAACACUCAGCAUUGUGAAUACAGUCCUCCUUCCUUCCAUGAUUGGGAUGAUCUGUUCAAUGGGGUUAGUUGGCAACAUCCUCAUUGUAUUCACUAUAACAAGAUCCAGGAAAAAAACGAUACCUGACAUUUAUAUUUGUAAUCUGGCUAUGGCCGACCUGGUCCACAUCAUUGGAAUGCCUUUUCUUAUUCACCAGUGGGCCCGGGGAGGAGAGUGGGUAUUUGGAGGACCUCUGUGCACCAUCAUCACAUCCCUGGAUACCUGCAAUCAAUUUGCUUGUAGUGCCAUCAUGACGGUAAUGAGUGUGGACAGGUACUUGGCUCUUGUCCAACCAUUUCGACUUACAAGUUGGAGAACAAGGUGCAAGACCAUUCGAAUCAAUUUGGGCCUGUGGGCAGCUUCCUUUAUUCUGGCAUUGCCUGUCUGGGUCUACUCGAAGGUCAUUAAAUUUAAAGAUGGCAUUGAGAGUUGUGCUUUUGAUUUAACAUCCCCUGAUCAUGUGCUUUGGUAUACACUUUAUUUGACAAUAACAACGUUUUUUUUUCCUUUGCCCUUGAUCUUGGUGUGUUAUAUUUUAAUUUUAUGUUAUACUUGGGAGAUGUAUCAACAGAAUAUGGAUGCAAGGUGUUACAAUGCCAGUGUUCGAAGACAAAGAGUGAUGAAGUUAACAAAGAUGGUAUUGGUGCUGGUGGCAGUCUUUAUUCUAAGUGCUGCCCCUUAUCAUGUCAUACAAUUGGUAAACUUACAGAUGGAGCACCCCACACUGGCUUUCUAUGUGGUUUAUUAUCUUUCCAUCUGUCUCAGCUAUGCAAGUAGCAGCAUUAACCCUUUUCUCUACAUCCUGUUGAGUGGAAAUUUCCAGAGACGCCUACCUAUUCAGAGAAGAGUGACUGAAAGAAAAAUCUACUGUAUAGAAUGCUUCAAAAAAAUACCUUAA